AUUUACUUAAAUACUGAAUUGAGAUAACUAUUAAUUGAUGGGAAUAGGUUUCCAUGUCUGAGGCAUAUCGCGGAAAUAAGUAUUCUCUCAAAGACGUCCAAAGCUUAAUGAAAAGACAUAUCAGAAUACGAUAAAGAAUUAAGUUCGCAUUUGAGUAAGGGAUGUCGACGUGAACAGUGCAGCGCUAAAAUUCUUUAUUUUUGUUAGGUGAGAAAAUAAUUGUUGAUUUUUAUUAUGGACUAAGAAACUUUGAAAAAAUAUUGACUUAAUAUGCUGCGAUGCAUGGAGGAAUGCGUUAGAAGAUAUGGUCAAGUGAACUCAACCGAAACAACUAAAAACACAGAUUCCAUUGAAAAACCGAACGAAGAUCGUUUCUUAAGAAAAAUGUCACACCUUCUAAUAAAAUACGCCAUUGUGGCCUUAUUCUUAAUAAUUUACGGAGCGACUGGAAAUGUUUCAUCGGCAGGUCCAGUGGUUUAUGACAAAGACCUCGAAUAUGAGUCUCCGUUAGACCAAGAGCACACGAUGUAUCUGAAAUGGGGUCUGGACAAUUCGGAAAGGAGGAUUGUUUUCCAAGUUUACGCUAAAAUUGCGCCCGAUGACUGGCUAGCGUUCGGAUUUUCAGACUAUGGCGAGUCGUUUAAUGCAGACUUGUUCUUGUUUUGGACAGAUGUAGAUGGAGGUCAUCAUUUUCAGGACACAUACUCCGAUCGGACAGGCAUUCUACACGUGGAUAAAAAUCAAGAUUUCGACUUACUUGAGGCCGACACGAGACCAGGCCGGGUGCAUAUCCCAAAGAUACUCUUAGCCAAAGAAGAGACGCCGGGUGGUUACGUCAUAUUGACGUUCCAGAGAAAGUGGGAUACCUGCGACAGUAAUGACUAUAUAAUAGACUCGGGGACCACUCAUGUCAUUUUCUUCACUGGUACUGGACCAAUCAACGCAAUUGAAGGAAUGAACGUGACGUCACAUAUGCCGGGACUCCAGCGGUUGCAGCUAUUGAAGAGUCCUAUACAUCCCCCUAAAUUCCCGCCUGAUACAAAGAUGUUCGAAAUGCUUGUAGAAAAUGUCCCUAUACCUGCAAAGGAAACAACGUACUGGUGCCGUACUAAAAAACUUCCAAAGAUAACUGAGAAGCAUCACAUUAUACAGUUCGAAGGUGUCAUAUCCCACGAUAGUAUAGGUAUCGUACACCAUAUGGAAGUGUUCCACUGCGAGGUACCACCCGAUGAAGAAAUCCCCCAUUACAAUGAACCAUGCCCCGGAGAGGGAUCCUCUAUGAAACCGUGGAUGCAGCGCAUCGGGUCAUGUAGACGCGUCAUCGGAGCAUGGGCAAUGGGCGCUGGGCCCUUUUGGUAUCCGGAAGAGGCGGGAUAUCCUAUAGGUGGCGCUGACUUCUCACGUUACGUCAUGAUUGAGGUCCAUUUCAACAAUCCGACAUUGAAAAAAGGUAUCAUAGAUAAUUCUGGCAUCCGUUUUUACUACACGCCUACCAUGAGACCGCAUGACGCCGGGGUUAUGGAACUGGGUCUUGAAUAUAUAGACAAAAUGGCGGUACCCCCACAUGUUGAGGAUUUCGAGUUAGAAGGAUAUUGCAUUCCCAAAUGCACCAAAGUGGGUCUUCCACGCAAUGGCAUUCACAUAUUUGGAUCACAGUUACAUACACAUUUGACUGGCAAGCGUGUCGUGACGAAGCACUACAGAGACGGCGUGGAAUUGCCGGAGUUGAACAGGGACAACCACUACAGUCCUCACUUCCAAGAGAUACGUAUCCUUCAUAGUCCCGUACACGUUAGACAAGGUGAUGAACUCAUCACGACAUGUACGCACAAUACCAUGUCAAGGCCAAACAUCACUUUCGGGGGAUUCGCCAUCAGUGAUGAAAUGUGUGUCAACUAUAUCCACUACUACCCGAAAUCCAAACUAGAAGUCUGCAAGAGCUCCAUUGCAACCGAUGCCUUAGAAAAAUUCUUUGAUACUGCUAAAAGAUUGGACGACCGAGUUAUUUCCCCUAUGAAGGUAGUAAGUAAGAGCUAUAAGUCAGUCAGAUGGGACAGAGUGACGACCAACCUCCUUGAAGCAUUCUACAUGAAGGAGCCCAUUUCCAUGCAGUGUAACCAGUCUGAUGGUCAUCGAUUCCCGGGACACUGGGAUGACUCGGAAAUACCGAAGAUAACACACCCCCUACCAACACCACUUCGACACUGUCCACCAUGAAGAAAAACAGUCAAUUGUUGAAUGGAUUAUUACGUCCAUGCUGACCGAUUGCUAUUGUGGGGGGGGGAUAAAACAGACUGUAAAAGUAGUGGCCAAAAACUGUCAAUACUGCACCUGAUUUUAAAUUGAACUGAAUUGGUCAAUUUAUACUGUUACUUAAGAUAUGAAAUGAGUGCUCUAAAAUGGACUAGAUUAAUCCACGAUUUGUCUUCCAAGUUGAUGAGGACAGAGAGGGGGACAUAGUGGCGCACUUAUUCUCUCUUAAAUAGUUUUACUAUUUCAUAAAACAUCUUCCUGUUCAUGGUUUUUUAAAACACAUGAUGCUUUAUUGUUUUUAAAUGAAGCUUAGUACAGUGAAGAAUGAAAAUUCAAUCUUUCAUAUUUUCAAUAUAAAAUUUGAUAUGUAUUUGAUAUGUAUUUGAUAUGUAUUCGGGUGUCCCGAAAGUAUGGGGCCCCCCCUAGGCAGACAUAUACCAGUGUCGUCACAGUAUGUGUCAUAUAUCAUUUUAAAGCUUAUGCAAAG